UUUGACUAACCAUGUCGUCAUUUCCGGUAUCAUGGCCACCAAAACAGUGGCAGGAAUUUGUCAACUCGGUCCAAAAUUGGGUUUUAUGGAUCCGCUGUAUCUUUGAGGCCCCAUCUCGGCUUUUCGGAUCUUUAUGAUCCGACUAUGGUGCCGCACGUCGCACCAAUUUGGGCUUUUGCUUUAAAAUAUGGCAUUUGAAUCCAUGUUCGUCAGCAGUUAGCUGUAAACUUUGGCAUGCAGAAAAUCACUAUGCAAAGAUCAGUUUAGCAAAAAAAAAAAAAAAAAAAAAAAAAAGUUUCUGCAAAGGGCAACUAAUGGAGCGAACACUACUUAUUAUAAACCUGAUUGUAUUUAACGCCGAUUAUUACUGAUACUACUCAUGGCUUGUAGUUCUGGCUCCAAUGCAAAAAUGUCCAGUCCAAAUGUCAGCACACCGGCGAUGGCGGUGACACCAGACGCCGUGGAUCAGAAGACAUGCCCGGCGGUAUUUGAGAUUUACGGAAAGAUCUGGAACGUGCAGGCUCGUUUGGGGCAGGGCGUCUCCGCCUCGGUGUACCGGGUGAACUCCGGCCGGGCGAGCUCUGCGGUCAAGGAGUUCCAGGUGGACGCGCAGGGCGGAGAUUACGGGUACCUCAAGGAAAGCUCUGUGCUGGAGAAGAUUCAGGGACAUAAAAAUAUCGUGACGCUGUUUGGAAUGUUUACCAAUCACAACCCAUUUGGUGUGGCCACUCAUUGCCUGUUGCUGGAGCUUUUGGAUGUGAGUGUGUCAGAAUUGCUGGCCAGGGUGAAUAAUCAGGGGCAUUCCAUGUGGUUGAUUCAGCACUGUGCCCGUGAUGUUUUGGAGGCCCUUAACUUCCUGCACAGAGAGGGUUAUGUACAUGCGGACCUCAAGCCCCGCAACAUUCUCUGGAGUGCUGAUGAUGAGUGCUUUAAGCUCAUUGACUUUGGCCUCAGCUUUAAAGAUGGACACCAGGAUGUGAAGUACAUCCAGACAGAUGGAUACCGGGCCCCUGAAGCCGAGCUGCAGAACUCACUGGCCCAGGCAGGUCUGGAGAGCGACUCUGGCUGCACAACGGCAGUGGACCUGUGGAGUCUGGGAAUCGUUCUUCUAGAGAUGUUCUCAGGAAUCAAACUGAAAGAAACUGUGAAGUCUCAGGAAUGGAAGGAUAACAGUUCUGCAAUAGUAGACCAUAUCUUUUCAAGCAAUGCUGUGGUUUAUCCGGCUAUCCCUGUUUUUCAUUUGAGGGAUCUGAUCAAAAGUAUGCUUCACAAUGACCCUAAACUGAGAAGCACAGCUGAGGCAGCAUUAAUCAACCCUUUCUUCAGCAUUCCCUUCGCACCUCAUAUUGAAGAUUUGGUUCUUUUGCCUACACCUGUCUUGAGACUACUAAACGUAAUAGACGACAACCACCUGUAUAAUGAGGAUGAGUAUGAAGAUAUAAUAGAAGAUAUGAAAGAAGAAUGUCAGAAGUAUGGCACGGUUGUAUCCUUAUUGAUCCCAAAAGAGAAUCCCGGCAAGGGACAGGUGUUUGUGGAGUAUGCAAAUGCUGGAGACUCCAAAGAAGCCCAGAGACUGCUGACAGGCCGAACGUUUGAUGUGGGGUUGAUGCACUGCUUUGGUUUACACUUCCUUCUAAACACCAGAUCACUUCAGAGACUAGGGUUGACUGGAAUGAGACUCCAUGUCCAACACAAAAGCCACAAUCUGUCUCAUCCAAAACCUCUCUGGAUAUGUUUAUUAAACAUUAUAGAAUUUUGAGCUUGAAUUCCAAAGUAUAAUAUUAGUUUAAGUAUAAAUUGUGUCUGAAAACUCAUAAAAAAAAUUCAAGUGGACUUCUUUGGGAAAUACUCGAGUGUUAAAAUGUGUGGUAUGUUGUGCAAAGCAUCAUAACUCAUACCUUCAUAGCACACAUACUGUAUGAUUCAGGAGCUUCAUUAACGCAUUGAUAAAUAAUGCUGUUGUAAAACUCACUUUACUAUCAAAGAUAAAGUAACACAAAUGUGUUUCAGAAAGGCUUAAAGCUAAAAUGCUUUCUGCAGACACGUUCAAGUAAAUUGUAUCUGCUGAUUGAAUGGAUUUUGCUAUCUGUACAAUAAUGAGUGAUUUUAAAAUCAUAACAUUAUUUAAAGGCUUUUCCAGUUGUGAUAGGCAUAGUGUUCCUUGUAUCGUUGUGUUUGUCUUUAAUAGUUUAAUACAGAGCUUUCUGAUACAAGCAAUUCUUCGUAAGUGAAGCAAGCAUUUACUUCAUGAAUAUCGCCUGAUGGUUUUUCAGUCAUCCAGGUUGAUUGUUUUUCUUUCUACCAUCCAAUAAAUGCCAUAAAGUAAGUUUUCUCUGUCCUGCAGUCUAGAAAUAUGACAUUCACUUCCAGGGCAGUGAGCUCUAAUAUGAUGUGUGCAAGACACUGUGAGGAAAAAACAUGCUGGUGUUCUAGAUUUAGAUUUUAAAAGCAAGUUUAUACUUUUUUGUGAAUUAGAUGGCAUUGUGGCCAAUAGUUAUUAUUUUUAUUCACUUUUUUUUCUGUUUGUUGGGAAUGUUUUAGGAGUGUUAUUGUAGGAAAAGGGCACUUUGGUGAUGCAUGUUCUGAGUGUGAGUCAUUCCAGAUCUGGGCUAUUUACUAAAGAAAUUGUGAUUGAUCUAGAUUUUAUACACUCAUCUCUUUCUCUCUCUCUCUCUCUCUCUCUCUCUCUCUCUCUCUCUCUCUCUCUCUCUCUCCAAGUUACUCUUGGAAAGAAAGAUUCAGUUGCUAAAAGAUUUGAGCUGAGUCUUUAAAUGCACUAGGCAUUGGAUUGUGCUACUAAUUGCUGGUGUUACAUGUUUGGAUAAAUGUCCUAAGUACAAAGAGAGAAUCUGAAUGAGUUCAAAUGAAUGAAUGAAUUAAGUAUCCUAGGCUGUCUUGUUUUAUUCCUCUUCCUGUUUGAGCCAGAGAACACCUUCAGUGAACAAAUAAUUGACUUUUAGAAAAUAUAUAUAUACACACAUAUAUUUACUCAGAAACAAGAAUUUCUGAUAUUAAUUACAAAAUGUAUAUUAUGAUGAUAUAUAUAAUUAUGUGAAUACUGUGUAGGUCUAAUGUUCUAAUGUUCAUCAAGGAAAAUUGCUUACAUGCAACAGAACAUUAAUGAGAAAGGGAUUAAGUGUAAUUUUAACAAAUGGGAAGAUUCCAGUUUGACAAUCUAGCUUGAUGUUGAAGUGAAGUCUUAAAUGGAUGAUGAAAAGAUUCAAAUUUAUAUAAGUGAAUUUGACAUAAUUGUGCGAACAGCAAUAGUCAGUUUAAGUGCAUAUUGUGCCUGUGAGCCGUCAUUACUUUAAUCCAGCCCGUUAUUAAUAUAAAUCCACAAUAAAAUUCAAAAACGAUCAAUUACUUUUUGUUCAAGCAAAUAGAGCCCCGAGGCCCCUUCUAACACUUUCGAAAAGCACUCAAAAAGAUUUCUUUUCAUAAUUAAAUACUGCACAUAACCUGAGAUGGGUGUCUGUCAGGGAUCAUUUCAUGCUGCCUUAAUUUUUUUUGUAUGCUGUAAUAAUAUCACAGUCAGUAAAUGCUAGACCGUGAAAAAAGUGCCAUAAUUGUUUCAAAGCCUUCCUUUUUUCCCUGCCACCAGCAACCCUGGAGGAAUACCCAAGACUGCAGGGAAACCAUACAUAUACCUUUAUCUUGAAUUGCAUU